AUGGGUAGAGAGAUAGAUCAGGAAUGGAUCCGCUUCUCCAUCACGGCGGAUAAGACUGGAUCCAUCUUCUGGCGCGCUGAUUUUGCCCACGCCGCCAGUCCAAACGACGAGACAGAUACUGCCGAGGUGACCGGAAUUCCGCUGCACCAGCGACGACAACCGCUCGAGAUUGAAGACGCUACGAGGAUCUCCAACUUUGAGCGAAGUUGGAGGACUCUGACCCUCUUGGCAGAGGAAUGGGGAUGGUUGAAUGGUUCAGGUCAGUAUUAG